UUUCUGAUCAUUGUUUAGCACAGCGUCGAAGCGAGAGUAUUCACGCUAUUUGCUAGACAGCCAAUAAUUUUCCCUUUCGUCGUUCGCAAAUCGUUUGAUCGAAAAUAAGAAAAAUGUUUUUAAUCGUACUUCUGUGUGGAUUGCUGGUAAGCUCUUCAACUGCUGAGUUUUGCUAUGAUGAAGUUGAAGCUGCAUGCAGCCCUAAACCAGUAUCUUCUUUGUUAGAUGGACCCAAUUUACCAAACUGUAAUGCCAAGUAUGGAGCUAUUGAUUCUUUACAAACUGACUUGCAGGCAUAUGCUAAUGGCCAGCUAGAAUCAAGCUUUGAAUAUUUGUUGAUGUCUACCCAUUUUGGCAAUUAUGAAACCAACCGUGCAGGUUUUCAGAAACUGUACAGAAAAUUAUCUGAUCUUGCAUGGCAAAAAUCAAUUGACCUAAUUAAAUACAUCAGCACUCGUGGUGGAAAAAUGAACUUCAAUCAACUACCUCACUUGAAGAAAAAUAGCAAAGAGUCCCACAAUUUGGAAGUCAGUGAGCUUCAUAGCUUAGCUAAGGCUUUAGACUCUCAAAAACAACUGGCCAAUGAAGUACUGCGUCUUCAUAAUCUUGCCAAGAAUCAUCAAGAUGCUGCUAUAGCUCACUACCUCGAAGAGGAGUUCUUGGAGAAACAAACUGAAGAAAUCCGUAAUCUUGCUGGUCACACAGCAGAUCUCAAGAAUCUACUCAACCGUGACGCACCACUUGCUGUCUUCCUCUUCGAUGAGUACCUUCAAAAAGCUCUGUAAAUUUUUCUAACUGAGUGCUAUAAAUUUUUUCAUAGUUAUGAUUUUGUGAAAAAUCUAGUUGUAUUUAUUAUAAAUUGAAAAUUUUAUGAACAAAUACAUUAUAAGUUUGUGUAAAGUUUUGUCUAUAGCUAUUUCUAUAAAGCACUGAAACAAAUGAAAUAUUUGUUUUAUUACUCAGUUGAACUGAUUGCUGGAUUAUGCGCAACAAACUUAAGCACAUUGGUUUUCUAAAAUUGGAAAAUUUAAGUAAAUCAUUGAUGUAAAAUAAUCCUGAUUCCAAAUAAAGACGAUAAAAAACAA